AUGCCCAUGAAAAUGGCCAGCUUUGCCACGGGCAUUCUGAGACCCUUCUUCGUCGUUCAGGCAGCGAUCCAGGCAGGACGCUAUGACAAGUGGUCUGUGCGCGCCACGAUCGAAGCUGACAUCAAGUCCGCACCUGUGGUGAUAUACACCUACGAGUGGUCGCCUUUCUCAGCAGAGGCAAAGAAGCUGCUGGACUCAGUAGGCGCCGACUAUACAGAGAUUUCCCUCGGCUACGAGUGGUUCCUGGCCACGCCCGAGCAAGCUGCAAAACGUGCAGAGCUUGGUGCGCUGUAUGGGCGAACCAGCAUGCCUCAUGUCUUCAUUGGUGGCAAAAGCGUCGGAGGACUUAUGGACGGGGACCCAGGCCUCGUGCCCUUGAAAGAGACGGGAGAGCUGGAAGACAGUUUGAAGCAGGCCGGGGCUCUGCCAGACGAGGGCCUCUUCGGCUUCUUCUUGUAUUCAGGUGAUCAUCAACCAUGA